CCACUGCUCAUUCAGCCGUUGACACGCAGCAGGCGUCAACAUCGAGGCAAUUCCCCCGUUCCCUUUUCUUCAACGCUCAUCAUGUCAGAGGCGCUUGCCAUCGAUGCUCAGUCUCUAAGAAGAACUCAGUCAACUGGUGAUAUCCACCCACCGCCCAGAGCCCGCCUUUCAACAUCACAGCAACGCUCCGAACAGGACGGAAGAAAUUUCAAUGUUACUUCGUCACCAAUUGCGGAAGGGACCACCGAAGAUUCUCCCCGCACCGCCUGGUUUACUCCUAGCACAACAUCCCCUACAGGGCAACAACAAAGUAGAAGAUCCUCUACUUCCACUUCUCAACCACACCUUUCAUUAGUCCCGAGAAUCAAAGCGUUCUUUGGGAUUGGUCCUGAUGCAUCAAGAACCCGAAAAGCUCUCGUAUCAGUCGUGUGGGCGUUGACGUAUGGUUUCUUUCAGAUUGCGGCUAUUAUAGCCGUCCUGGUCAUAGCCUCCGUAGUUACCAGCCCGACGGAAGCAAAUGUCUAUCAGAUUAAUGCUUGUGGACGACCGCUCGUCGCCUGGAAUUGCAUUUGGAUAGUGAAAGUUUGCUUGUCAUCCUCCCUGGCAUAUUGGAAUUUUGUUAGAAUCCGAAAAGCGGAGCGUACAGGGAGAUCAGGCGAUGCUGAAUCUGCCGAUCGUUCCCGAACAUCCAAUGAUGGUGGACCUCGUCGUAACGAACCCCCGAGUCGUCGUCGACAGAGAGAUCGAGAUCCUCGUAGACGGUCUAGGAACGCAGGUCCCAGUGGUACUCCCAAUCAAGAAGAGCCAACACCACCUUAUUCUUAUCUUUACGCGCGCUUGUCACUCCUUUCAUCCAUGCUCACUCUGACAUGGUUCCUAACCGCGCACAUUUUGGAAUACACAUCCGUUGACUCAUGCCGCAUUUCUUCGCCCCUCGUUUGGUGGCUUACUUUUGGAAUUUUGUGCACAAUGUAUUUCCUGGUACUCGAGGUCUUGGUUUUCGGUUUUCUUGUUUUCAUGGUUUUGCCUUUCAUUAUGCUUUUCUACAGUAUUAUCCUACUAUGCUUGGGUCGUCAUCCACUCCAGAACCCUCAUUAUAUCAAGCCCGAAAUCGAUAAGCUUCCAAAAGCCACUGUUGAACGUAUCCCUCUGGUCAUCUACAUCCCUCCUCCACCAGAGGACGAUGGAAAAGCACAGCCGAUUUCUUUGCCAAAACCUGUACAUAGCUAUCCACCCAAAGCACCAGCUCCGCGGAUGCCAAGGAGACGAUUUGCAUUCUUUCACCGUAGACUCAAGAAGUCUGAUCAAGAUGGCGAUAUGCUUGACGGCAAGCAGAGCGUGAAGUCGGAGGUGAAAGAUACAGAAACUUGGGAAGAUAACUGGGAGCAAUGCAAGUAUCCCUUUGUCCGAUUGGAGGGCAACCGAGCUGCCUGCGCCAUCUGUUUGAUGGACUUCGAGGAACCAAAGCGACUUUCUAGUGCUGCAGAGACGAGCACGACAGAUAAGAGUGAAGAAGAAGCUCCAGUUGCGCCCGCCGAAGACAAGAUACCCCGCCAGCGUGAGGAAGAAGUUGAAAUACCAGUGGAACGCAUCACUGAAGAAGAAAGAGGGAGCCUUCCUCGCCUUGAAGAUGCGGGAGCUGGUCCGCAACCUCUUCGACUGCUUGCUUGCGGUCACGUCUUCCAUAAAACAUGCAUCGAUCCGUGGUUAAUUGAUGUAUCAGGCCGAUGUCCGGUGUGUCAGCGGCCUGUCGAACUGGAUGAGACGGAACCGAAUAAGUCUGGGCGAAGACGUCGCUCAUGACCACAUACAUAUCCGGCUUUUCCUCCAAUAUAAUAAUGGUUUAUGGGCGACGAACUACUACUGUAGGGACCGAUGUACAACACACUGAUAUUGCAUUUUCAUUGGACAAUAUUCUGCGAGCUUGCGGAGGCUUGCAGGUUACACAACAUAAGUCGUGCAGGCGUAAAGGUUCUCGGCUUUUCGCCUGUAUUUGGUGUGCUGAACAUGAAUAAUAUUCGAAGCCUGGUAGUACAACGAAAUACGAGUCCCAGUAACAAAGUAGCUGGUAGUCCAAAUGCUUGAAAGCGUUAGAAUUUCCCUUAGUGAUCAAUAAUUUGGAAUGGACCUUUUCGGUCUUGAAGACUGGUAGCGCUUUCAAAAACGCUGUUCU